CCGGGCCGGGGCGGGGCGGGCGGUGCCCGCCUGGAGCUGGGGCCGCGCGGGAGGAGUCGCCGCUCUCGCCUUGUCCCGUCCCGGGUCGGGCCGGCGUCUGCCCCGCCAUGAGCUUCCUCUUUGGGAGUCGAUCUUCGAAAACAUUCAAACCCAAGAAGAACAUUCCUGAAGGCUCCCAUCAAUAUGAACUCUUGAAACAUGCGGAAGCAACUCUGGGGAGCGGUAACCUUAGACAAGCGGUUAUGUUGCCGGAGGGAGAGGACCUUAACGAGUGGAUCGCCGUUAACACGGUGGAUUUCUUCAACCAAAUCAACAUGCUGUACGGGACCAUUACGGAGUUCUGCACAGAGACAAGCUGUCCGGUCAUGUCUGCAGGACCAAGAUAUGAGUACCACUGGGCGGACGGCACCAACAUAAAGAAGCCGAUCAAGUGCUCGGCUCCGAAGUACAUCGAUUACUUGAUGACAUGGGUGCAGGACCAGCUGGAUGACGAAACGCUUUUCCCUUCAAAGAUCGGGGUUCCUUUUCCCAAGAACUUCAUGUCGGUGGCCAAGACGAUCCUGAAGCGGCUGUUUCGUGUGUAUGCCCACAUCUACCACCAGCACUUUGAUUCCGUCAUGCGGCUGCAGGAGGAGGCCCACCUCAACACCUCCUUCAAGCACUUUAUCUUCUUUGUGCAGGAAUUCAACUUGAUCGACAGGCGGGAGUUGGCUCCUCUGCAGGAACUGAUUGAGAAGCUGGGCUCCAAGGACAGAUAAAACUUUCCCUGGGAGGACCCUUUCGGCCGCUCCUUUCUGCUUUGUAUGCCAGCCACUUCUACGCUUCGCCUUCAGCGACGCAAGCCCCGAGAUGCCGGGCAGCGCUCUGAGCGGCAUCGGUCUCGGAGGCCAAGCGUCGCUUCUACUGUGCAGCAGCUGCGGCCUGUUCUGGGUCAGAAGCCGCUGGCUGCGCUGUGGCGACUUGCCCUGUGUCGUCCACUUGGUUUUCUAGGCUACGUUGCUCAAGUCUGGUGAGCGCUGCAGCCUCGUUGAGGAUGGGACUCGGACUUGGAGUAGUUUUUGUUUCCCACAGGCAUGGGCUGAAGCUCAAGCGCUGCAGUGCUGCGCUUGGCCUGUGCGCAGCCCUGACCGGGGCCAAGCCUGGGGCCUGCUCCCCCCUGGGCAAGAGCAGAGCAGCAAACGGGGGAUGAGAUGCACUCACAGCCUUAAGCUCCCCUUUGGCAGCUGCAUUGGAAGGGGGAGGAAAAGAAGUGCCUGGCCCAAGGGGAGCCUGUCCCCUGCCUGGGCUGGAGGAGCCGUGCCCUCGUGUUCCCGGCAGAGGGAGGGACCCUCUGUGCGGCAAGGCAAUAAUAAAUUUCUCCUUUCUGCUCUUC